AUGAAGCCCGCACUGACUUCGCUGCUGGCGCUGCUGCUGAGCGGCGCCGGGGCGCGUGCGGCGAGCGACCGGCCGCUGAAGCCGUGCACCGUCGUGUCGCCGACGACGGAACGCUUCUUCGACCUCAACGGGCUGCGCCGGACGCUGCCCAAGGCGGGCGACAAGAAGAAGGACGCCGACGAGGGCAGCUGGCACGCCCGCGGCUACGACUACGGCGCCAACUUCACCGUCAACUUCUGCGGGCCCGUCGUCGAGGAGCUGGGCGCCGUGCAGGACCUGGACAAGGGCCUGUGGCGCAACGUCAGCGCCUUUUACGAGCGCGGCGACCGCCAGUACGCCAUUGGCCUCGAGAACGAGGAGCCCAUCUUCCGCGGCAGGAAGCUGAUCCUCAACUACACGGGUGGCUCGCUGUGCCCGUCGACGGCCUCGAAGCGCGCGCCCGUCGACCUGCGCGAGAUCAUCGGCGGCGACGACGGCAAGGACAAGGACAAGGACAAGGACAAGGACGGCAAGAAGCACGACGACGACGACGACCGCAAGAAGCCCGCCAAGCCCGAGCGCCGCAAGACGACCGUCAUCUCGCUGCUGUGCGAGUCGGACCCGCUGGCCAAGAGCAGCAUCUCGUUCGUGGCCGCCGUCGACGACUGCACCUACUUCUUCGAGGGCCGCUCGCGCCACGCCUGCGGCAUCGUGCACGCCGACGAGCAGACGCUCAGCCCGGGCGGCGUCUUCGGCGUCAUUGCCCUGAUUGCCGUGCUCGUCUACUUUGUCGGCGGCUGCGUCUACCAGCGCACCGUCAUGCACCAGCGCGGCUGGCGCCAGCUGCCCAACUACGCCAUGUGGGCCGGCAUCUGGCGCUUCUUCUCGGACAUGUUUGUCAUCCUCACCUCGUCGUGCGCCCGCUGCAUGCCCUCCCGCCGUGGCUACAGCCGUGUCUCGCUGGGCGCCGACAGCCGCGGCCGCGGCCGCCGCGACGAGAGCGAGAACCGCCUCAUCGACCAGCUGGACGAGGAGUGGGACGACUAG